AUGGAGAACACUACUCGUCAAGCUUCGUCAUCAGGUUCCCUGGUGGAACCUGUCCCCAUGGCCGUCUCCGAACCCUAUAUCGGAUUUCACCACCCUAUGGUAACAUCGCAUAUCAACUUUACACCAGUCUCUCGUUCUGCUCCUCCUGUUCCCAAAACAGCCAUGAGGAUUAAUUGGGAACCAAGGAGGUCUUCCGCUGAUUUACCUGACGAUAACGACGACCCCUCACUUGCCCCUGCACCUGCUAACCCUUCACAGUCAACUUCCUCGUCUGCCAACUCUCCGAACCCAGACCCUCCGAACCCUGCUGCGACGGCAGGGCCGUCGCAAACCACUUUACCCGCUCAAGGUGUCGCUACCGCAGGGCCCUCGUCUGCGCCAGUAGGCACUUCAAAAGUCAUCAUUAUCCGGAAGCCCCCAGGUGAACCCGGUCGCCCAGGAUCGGGUGGUUUUAAUUUGGAAGAUGUACUUGUGGGCGAGCACGACUGGGCCUUAUCGGACGUUGAAACCCUGCAGGAUUGGCUUCGCAGAGAGGCGACCAAGACUCUCCGGCUCGAUGCUAGUUAUCGGUCGCAAAACCCGAGACUGAUUGAGAGAAUAUGCAACAAGGCUAUGCGUCCCGAGCACUGGCCUGUUUUGGCUAAUUACGACAACUGUUGGCCUGUCAAGAGUGCCCUGAAAUUGAUCCUCAAAUACAAAUCUGAAGCCUCGCGACGGGUAGAAGGGCGGAAAAUGGCUGUGCGCGUUCGUAAAGCUAUCAAUAACCAAGAGGGCUCGCAUGAAUCGUCUAGCGAGGGCGGCAGUGGUAGCGAUGAAGAGGCCUGA